CCGCCUCUCUCUCUCUCUCUCUCUCUCUCUCUAUAAAGACCAUUCAGACAUCCUUAUUCUCACCAACCCCCACCAUUUCUCUAAUCCCAGCCAUGAAUCCUAGUGAAAACCGGUCCCCAGCUGUGGCCAAGAGGGUCUUACAAGCUAUAACAUGCAAAGCGGCUGUAUGUUGGGCACCUAAUCAGCCUCUAAGAAUAGAAGAGAUCCAAGUAGACGCACCUGGACCAUUAGAAGUUCGAAUCAAGAUACUAUGUUCAAGCCUCUGCCACACAGACGUCCUAUAUUCGAAAGGCAUCCCUAUACCAGCGUUUCCCAGAGUAUUAGGACAUGAAGGUGUCGGUGUGGUGGAGAGUGUUGGUGAAGGUGUGACAGAAUUCAAAGAAGGGGAAAUGGUCAUCCCAGCUUACAUUGGAGAGUGCAAGGAGUGCAACAACUGCCGAUCUGAGAGGACCAACUUGUGCGAGAAGUACCCCAUCACAUUGGACGGUCUGAUGCCCGACGGCAGGACGAGAAUGUCAGUUAAAGGGCAAAAGCUCUACCAUAUGUUCAGUUGCUCCACAUGGUCCGAGUACACAGUGAUGAAUGCUAACUAUGUCGUGAAGAUUGAUCCAAGGGUGCCUCUACAUCAUGCCAGCCUCAUCUCCUGCGGCUUCACCACUGGAUUCGGUGGAGCAUGGAGGGAGGCCCGGGUCCAGAAGGGAUCCAGCGUUGCUGUUUUUGGGCUCGGAGCAGUUGGAAUGGGGGUGGUAGACGCAGCACGAACGUUUGGAGCAACCAAAAUAAUAGGCGUGGAUUUGAACGAAAGAAAGAGAGAGAAAGGGAAAGUUUUUGGGAUGACGGACUUUAUUAACCCUGUUGAAGUAGACAAAUCCGUGUCAGAGGCUAUCAAAGAGAUGACUGGCGGUGCGGGAGUCGACUACAGCUUCGAAUGUACGGGCGUGUCUCCCUUGAUUAACGAAGCCCUUAAUUCAACGGCAACGGGAAGAGGAGUGGCGAUCGUGAUAGGUGCAGCCACGGAGAUGACGGUGCCCGUUAAUUUCCUCUCCCUCGUAACAGGCAGGACACUGAAAGGUUCCAUCUUCGGCGGCAUCCGACCUUGCUCUGACCUACCUCAUAUCAUUCAGAAAUGCGUAAAUAAGGAAAUCCAGCUGGACGAGCUUGUAACACAUGAAGUCCGAUUGGAUGACAUAAACCGUGCAUUCGAGCUACUGAAGCAACCAGAUUGUCUCAAAAUCAUAAUACAGAUGAUUGAUACUGAGUAGGAUGGUAGAUCAAACGUUACGGGGUAUUUACACGUAUAUAUACGGUGCUUGUUUGAAUGUAUUGGUUCACAUGCUCUACAUAAUGAAUAAUGAACGCCUCUGGUUCAGCUAGUUGAGAUGGUUCACGUGCUCUA